AUGAUAAGCUCGGUGUGCGUUUCGUCUUACCGAGGGCGCAAAUCAGGCAACAAACCCCCGUCUAAAUCAUGUCUGAAGGAGGACAUGGCCAGAUGUGAAGACUCGGACAAAAUCAUCAUCAACGUCGGGGGGAUUCGGCAUGAAACCUACAAGAGCACUCUCCGGACCCUGCCGGGCACGCGUCUGGCGUGGCUGGCCGAGCCGGAGCCGGAGUCGCAGGUCAGCCCGGACUCGGACGCCGAACCGGCCAGUGGCACCGAGUUCUUCUUUGACCGACACCCGGGCAUCUUCGCCUACGUGCUGAACUACUACCGGACGGGCAAGCUGCACUGUCCGGCCGACGUCUGCGGGCCGCUGUUCGAGGAGGAGCUGGCGUUUUGGGGGAUAGACGAGACGGACGUGGAGCCGUGCUGCUGGAUGAACUACCGGCAGCACCGGGACGCGGAGGAGGCCCUGGAGAUAUUUGAGCCGCCGGACCCGGAGGACACCGAUGACGACCGAGAGACCCCGAGGCGGUUCGGCAUCGAAGACUGCUCCGACAGGUCCAAGAGCUGCUGCGAAGUUUGGCUGCCCAAGAUCUGGGCCUUGUUCGAUGACCCUUACUCGUCCAGGGCUGCCCGGGGAGUGGCAUUCGUUUCGCUCUUCUUCAUUCUGGUGUCCAUCACCACCUUCUGCAUGGAGACCCACGAUGCCUUCAACGAAAUUAAAAACAUCACGGUGCCAGUGAAAUUGGGCAACAUUACCUAUUAUGAGAAGAAGUAUAUUAUCGAGACAAAUCCCAUCCUCUUCUUAGUGGAGGGCAUCUGUGUGGUGUGGUUCACCUUUGAGUUCCUGGUGCGCAUCAUGUGCUGCCCGAAGAAGCUGGUCUUCAUCAAGAACACGCUGAAUAUCAUUGACUUUGUGGCUAUCAUUCCCUUCUACCUGGAGAUGGGCCUGAGCAGCUUAACAUCCAGCGCGGCGAACAACGUGCUCGUCUUCCUCCGUGUGGUCCGGUUCGUGAGAAUCCUGCGGAUCUUCAAGCUGACGCGGCAUUUCGUGGGCCUGCGUGUUCUGGGUCACACGCUGAGGGCCAGCGCUAACGAAUUCCUUCUGCUCAUCAUCUUCUUGGCGUUGGGCGUGCUCAUCUUUGCCACCAUGAUUUACUACGCCGAACGCAUCGGCGCCAGUCCGGAUGACCCCACGUCCUCGUCGCACACCUACUUCAAAAACAUCCCCAUCAGUUUCUGGUGGGCAGUGGUCACCAUGACAACGCUGGGCUACGGAGACAUGUAUCCUAAAACGUGGCUGGGCAUGAUGGUGGGAGCGCUGUGUGCCUUGGCCGGUGUUCUGACCAUCGCCAUGCCAGUUCCCGUCAUCGUCAACAACUUCGGCAUGUACUACUCUCUGGCCAUGGCAAAGCAGAAGCUGCCGAAAAAGAAGAAGAAACACACCCCCAAUCCGGACAUCCCGACCGACUCCGCGUCCUUCGGGAAGUCUGAAACAAACUCACACAUAGAUAGCACUCAGAGUGACACCUGCCCUCUGGCUGCGGAGGAAAACGUGAGCAGGAACCGCUCAGGUAAGACCGCCAUGUUCAAGGACUCAAAACAGAAUGGAGAUGCAAAUGUGACCCUUUCAGAUGAGGAAGGCUGCAGCCUGACCCAGCCGCUGUCGCCCAAUGAAAAGUGGUCCCUGCGGUGCUCAAGAGGGCGAGUCAAGAAUAAGAAAGAGGGCACCUGCUUCCUCCUCACAUCUGGAGAUCACAGCAUCCACGUUGGUGAGGAACAUAAGCGUCAGUACACACAUGAAUACAUGUUUAGCCUGUCUGUGACAUAUUGGUUGUCAUGA